AAACAAUAGAAAUUGAUAAGAAUAAAAAAUAUAAAAUCCCUAACCCUAGAUUUAUAAUCUCAUCCAACAUUUGUUAUCAGCUCAGCUUGGAGCAGUCGACAGUAACCUCCGCCUCCCGCCGUCGCGCUCCGUUCUUCCGAAGAAAGAAGCUCGAUUGAAUCAUGGCGUUCGCAGCGGUUAAACACUCAAAGCCAGGGCUAGAGGAGCCCCUGGAGCAGAUUCACAAGAUUCGUAUUACACUUUCUUCCAAGAACGUGAAGAAUUUGGAGAAAGUCUGUGCCGACUUGGUGCGUGGUGCCAAGGACAAGAGGCUCAGAGUCAAGGGACCAGUGAGAAUGCCCACUAAGGUUCUCAAGAUCACUACUAGGAAAUCUCCUUGUGGUGAAGGUACCAACACCUUUGAUAGGUUUGAGCUUAGGGUUCACAAGCGAGUGAUUGACCUUUUCAGCUCACCCGAUGUCGUGAAGCAGAUCACCUCAAUUACCAUUGAACCUGGUGUAGAGGUCGAAGUCACAAUUGCAGAUUCUUAGACGCAUCUUAUUUACCUGUUUCUGCUUUUGUUAUCUAAAUUUAAGCCAGAAAUCCUUGAGCCGCAUAUAUGGUGCAAGGCUGUUAUACGAGUUCUUUUGACUGUUCACAAUUUUGAAUAUCCUAGACUCCUUUAUAUUUACGUCGAAUACUUUUUUAUUGUUGAGAUAUGGAAUUCAGUUUAUGUGACAGCCUUGCUGUUUUUUCAUCUUAA